AGGGAGGGUCCAUCCGCCUGACUCUCCUUCCCUCGGCUGAGUCUCUCCUCUCACACCGCCUCCCGCGACCAUGUCUGUCAGAGCCGUGAAGACCAGCACCUACUCCACCUCGUCGUCCUCCAGGGGCCCGUCCCAGGGCUUCAGCAGCCGCUCGUUCUCCGGCUAUGGCGUGGGGGGUGGCAGGCAGAGCUAUGCCGUCCGCAGCUCCUAUGGGGGCGUGGGCAGCAGCGGUGCCCACGUCGGCGCCGGGGGGUUUAAGGUGGUCGGUGGGUUCGUCGCGGGGGGAUCCGGACCGAGAGCGGGCGGAGCAGAGUUCGGCUACGUGGGCUUUGGUGGAGGUCUGGGAUGUGGCGUGGCCAAUGAAGUGAUGACCCCCAUCACAGCGGUGACCGUGAACAAGAGCCUGCUGGCUCCCUUGAACCUGGAGAUCGACCCCGCCAUCCAGGCGGUCCGCAUCCAGGAGAAGGAGCAGAUAAAGACCCUGAACAACCGCUUUGCCUCCUUCAUCGACAAGGUGCGCUUCCUCGAACAGCAAAACAAAAUGCUUGAGACCAAGUGGAAACUUCUGCAAGAACAGACCACAGCUCACUCCAACACCGAUGCCAUGUUUGACGCCUACAUCGCGAAUCUUCGCAAGCAGCUGGACAAUCUGGGCAAUGAAAAAUUCAAACUGGAAUCGGACCUGCAGCACAUGACUGGCCUGGUUGAGGACUUUAAAACCAAAUAUGAAGACGAGAUCAACAAGCGCAACGAGUGUGAAAACACCUUUGUCCUCGUGAAGAAGGACACAGACGCGGCCUACAUGAACAAAGUGGAGCUGGAGGCCAAAGCGGACGGGCUGUCCGACGAGAUCGAGUUCCUGAGGCAGCUCUUUGACGCAGAAAUCCAAGAGCUGCAGAGCCAGAUCAAGGACACAUCUGUUGUUGUGGAGAUGGACAACAGCCGCAACCUUGACAUGGACGCCAUCGUCGCUGAAGUGCGUGCCCAGUAUGAGGACAUCGCCAACAGGAGCAGAGCAGAGGCUGAGUCGUGGUACCAGACCAAGUAUGCAGAGAUGGAGCAGUCCGCCAACAGAUACGGUGACGACCUGAAGUCAACCAAGGCUGAGAUCGCGGACAUGAACCGCAGGAUAAUGAGGCUGCAGUCUGAAAUCGACAUGGUCAAAGCACAGAGAAACAAUCUGGAGGCUCAGAUCGCUGAGGCUGAGGAGCGUGGCGAGCUGGCGGUGAAGGACGCUAAACUCCGCAUCAGAGAACUGGAGGAAGCCCUUCAGAGAGCCAAGCAGGACAUGGCACUGCAAGUGCGCCAGUACCAGGAACUGAUGAAUGUGAAGCUGGCUCUGGAUAUCGAGAUUGCUACUUACAAGAAACUGCUCGAAGGAGAGGAGCAAUGGUUAGCGACUGGAAUCAAGACCAGUGUGUCUCAACAGACAUCUUCAUCAAGGAACUUGAGCGUCUACAGUCUGGAGAGGUCCCCCACGCCGACCCUAAUCUCCUGCACCUUUGACGGAUACGGGGAAAAAAGGAACGGCCCCGUCUCUUCCACCGAGAGCGCAGCAGUGGAGAGCACCACGGUCACCGAGACCGAAACGGUGGUGAUCAAGACCACGCAGGAGGAGGAGCAGCUGCAGGAGGAGGCGGCGAGCGAGGAGCCAGCCGCUGUGGAGGAGAAGAAGCAGGAGCAGGUGGAGGCUGAAGACGUGGCUGAAGAGUGAUGUUUCCAUGAUUUAAAGAAAAUAAGUGCAUUAUCCACUUCUUCAAUGAUUUUGUCACCAAAUAAAGUCACCAGUUGCCUUUAAGUCGAUUUAAUGGAGGGGUACAUGUCUGUCUGAAAAGUUGCUAUAAGCUCAGUCUGAGUCCCUGCAUGCACCACACUCUUUUCGCCAGCAGGUGGCACUGAUGUAUGUGAUUUCUCCAUUCUCUUGCUGCUCCUCCUCUCGAUUUGACAAACACUAUUGACUGACUUGUACUUAGAAAUGACACAGGGUCCUGUUUGGACAGCAAUAAACUUUCUUUAAACAGA